AUGGACUGGUUGAAGAAGAAGAAGGAGGAGGCACAGCAGGCAGCUUCCAAAAUGACGAACAAGCGGACUGCAUUUCGCGGCGAAGGCAACGUGCUAGGUGGUGGAGAUGCCUCUUCCGCUUCACUUCCAAAAGCCGCUGCUUCCCAAAGCCCAUCUAUCAAGCUACCAUUCAUGAGCCAGAAACCACCUAUUCUUUCCGUCGACGAUCAACAGAAGCGGCGAGAGUUGCAGGCACAGGCGCUUGAGCAACGUGGUAAUGCUUGGGAAAAGCGCGUGGCUGCCGCACGUAAGGCUAGACUGCAGCAGGAAGACGAGCAAGAGAAUAAAUUCCAGUACGCGGAGCCUUCCGUUCCUGCUCCGUCCGGCCCAUCGCCUCAAAUGCUUUCCAACGAACAAGUCAAAGCACGAGAAUUGCAAACGGUGCAGCAGCAGAUGGGCUUCAAUCCUUAUGCAGCAACGUUUGCUUCCUCAACACAGGCAGUGUCAGCAAUGAAUGCAAUCGGUGGGGAUUUACCUCCUAUGACGGCGAGUAGUAGUGUCGUACCACCUCCGAUCCCAUUUCCCGCAAUCCCACAGGUGACAGCACCUGAAGACACUUUAUCAACCUUGGAGAACGGUGCGGUUUACGUGCUGUUGCGGCAAGACCCACAGCGGGCUAUCACGGCGUCGGAAACGCUAAUUAAGAUACUGAACAACGUUAUUCAAACCCCAGAGGAGGAAAAAUUUCGAAGAAUUCGGUUGUCAAAUGCAGCCAUCCAGACAAAGCUUGUGUCUGUGCCAGGAGCUGUUGAUAUUCUCGAAGAAGCAGGGUUUACAAAGGUCGUACUGGAGGGUGAAAGUUAUUUAAUGCUGCCUGCAGAUGCGUUCCAGGCUCAGCGUAUUCAGGCAGCUAUUGAUCGCACGGAGGUUGCAUUAAUUCAACUUCAGCAUGAUUCCUCGUAG